CACGGGAAAACUACAAGAAGAAGCAGGCUCCAGUAUCAACGUUAGAAAUCCCAAUCGCCCAAGCAACUUCCCAAGCCACUUCGCUUGAGACAAUAUUCUAAGCCAAAGAAACAGCUAGUUCGCAAUGAAGUUCACUGCCGCCAUCUGCCUUGUUGCAGGCUAUGUCAGCCUCGCUGCUGCUGCCGGUUGCCAGGUCGAGCUUCUUAAUAUCAACCAAGCAGUUGUUGGCACUGGUUGCGUGGAAAUGAACUACUACGCCAACAUCUACGACUCCACCAGACGCGCAGGCUACACCGUCAACGCUAACAGCAACUGCGGCCUUAGCUUCGGUAACAUCCAAGUCAUUCCUGAUGGCUACUCUUUGCGUCAAGCAGGCUACUGUUGAGUGGGAGAGGCGUUGGCAUUGAUCUCGAGGAGAGGGUUCUGGUG